AUGCCUCCAAAACGACAACGAAAUGAAAAAAGCACACUACAACAUCAAAAUCUUAGUGAUAUGGAAAACAAUAUUCAUCGUGGUAUAAAUGACGCGACAGCAACGGCAACAGCUGGAACUGAUAAAAUUGGAAAAAAUAUAAAACAAGCUGAAAAUAAUACUAAACAACAAAUACAACAAGGUCAAAAUGAAUUAGAACAUAGUCUACCAUCAGUUAAAGAAAAUACGACUGACUCAAUCAAAGGAGCAAAAAACGAAGUCGGAAAGGCUUUACAGACAGGUGCAAAUGAAAUUAAUAAUGUUGGAAAAUGUGUAACGAAAGGAGCAAAGGAAGCCGUUGAUAAAAGUUCAGAUGGUAUGAAACAUGCGACAGACACUGUAACCGGAAAAACUCGUGAAUUUGCUCAAGGUGCUGCUGAUAAAAGCAAAAAAACUGGAAAUAAAGCAUCGCACGGAUUUUCAUCACUUCGUAAAUCAAUCGAAGGUAUUUUUCAUUGA